AUGUCGCAGGAGAAUCCUCUGCCGUUUGUAUACCAAUUUGCUGCAGGUGCAGUCGCUGGUGUAUCAGAAAUCCUUGUAAUGUAUCCGUUGGAUGUUGUGAAGACAAGAGUUCAACUCCAACAAGGAGCAGGAACGGGAGAAGAGGCAUACAAAGGCAUGUUGGACUGCUUCCGUAAAAUUAUUAAGAAUGAAGGUUUCUCCCGUUUGUAUCGCGGUAUCACAGCGCCCAUUCUCAUGGAGGCUCCAAAGCGGGCAACUAAAUUUGCUGCCAAUGAUAGCUGGGGAUCCUUCUAUCGAUCCCUUUUCGGCGUGGAGAAAACCAACCAACCCCUUGCAGUCCUCACUGGUGCCACGGCUGGUGCCACGGAAUCAUUCGUCGUUGUCCCAUUUGAACUUGUCAAGAUUCGCUUGCAGGAUAAAGCCUCUGCUGGUAAAUACAGCGGAAUGCUGGACGUAGUGAGCAAAAUUGUGAAGCAAGAAGGCCCCCUUGCGUUAUACAACGGUCUUGAAUCUACACUUUGGCGUCACAUCCUCUGGAAUGCCGGAUACUUUGGUUGUAUUUUCCAGAUCCGCGCCCAAUUACCGAAACCUGAGCCAGGAAACAAGAGCCAACAGAUGGGGAAUGACUUGGUCGCUGGUUCGAUUGGUGGAACUGCCGGAACUAUAGUGAACACUCCUAUGGAUGUCGUCAAGUCUCGCAUUCAAAAUAGCCCGAGGAUUGCAGGAUCUGUACCAAAGUACAACUGGGCGUGGCCGGCUCUGGGCACCAUCAUGAAGGAAGAGGGUUUCGGCGCCCUGUAUAAGGGAUUCAUUCCCAAGGUGCUCAGACUAGGUCCCGGUGGAGGAAUUCUACUUGUCGUCUUUACUGGUGUGACAGAUUUCUUCCGGAAACUUAGGGAGCAUUAA